UGAAUGCAUCAACUCAGAGUAGAUGUGGAAUAUUCCCUGAGACAGAUGGUUUCAUAAUAACGAGAGAAGAACUUGCAAAAGUGGGAAGCUCCUUGACAAAAGAGAUGAUGGUCACGGAGGUUAAUCUGAUCACACAUCAUGUCUUCUUUAUCCUAUUGGCUGCCACUGUACGAACUCAAGUCAACCCAGAAACGUGUCGUUAUCCUCUUGGUAUGAGCGGUGGGCAGAUUCAGGAUGAGGACAUCUCUGCCUCUAGUCAGUGGUCUGAGUCAACUGCUGCCAGAUUUGGAAGACUUGACUUUGACAAUGGAGAUGGCGAUGGGGCUUGGUGUCCCGACAUGUCCGAGCCAGAUGGCCUCAAGGAGUAUCUCCAGGUGGACCUGCGUUCACUGCACUUUAUCACGCUGGUGGGCACCCAAGGUCGCCACGCUGACGGAAUGGGUAAUGAGUUUGCUCAGCGAUACAGGAUCAAAUACAGCCGUGAUGGCAGCACAUGGGUGGGCUGGCAUGAUAGGAAGGGAAGACAGGUGAGCAUGGCCAGAUGGCACGGUGAUCUGGAGCCUCCCAUCAUUGCUCGUUUUGUGCGCUUUAUGCCAGUGACUGACCACUCCAUGAUUGUGUGUAUGAGAGUGGAGCUCUAUGGCUGUGAAUGGCUGGAUGGCCUGAUGUCUUACAGUAUCCCAGAUGGGCACCAGAUGAUCUACAGAGGCCUGGAUGUCUACUUUAAUGACUCUGUGUAUGAUGGAGCAUCAGCUGAAAGACUGACAAAGGGCCUCGGCCAGCUGACAGAUGGCACUUGGGGUCUGGAUGAUUUCCUCCAUAGUCACAUCUAUGGCAUGUGGCCAGGGUACGACUACGUGGGCUGGAGCAACAAGAGCUUCCCCAAAGGUUACGUGGAGAUGAUCUUUGAGUUUGACCAUGUGCGAAACUUCACUUCCAUGAAGGUUCACUGUAGUAACAUGUUUAGCCGAGGGGUGAGGAUGUUCAGGCAGGCCACCUGUUACCUCCGGUCAGGAUCAGACUGGGAGGCUGACCCUGUGACCUUCAGGCCCACUGUUGACCGCGUGAGCCACAUUGCACGUUUUGUCACCGUGCCCCUCGGAGAUCGCACAGCCAGCGCCAUCAAGUGCCGUUUCCACUUCAGUGACCUUUGGAUGUUGUUCAGUGAGGUGGCCUUCCAGUCAGGCUCAGCAGUGUACAAUACAUCUCUGACUCCUCGCAAAUAUGGACACCCGACACACCUAUUACCAGGGGAAGAUCCUACUCAUAAAGUUGAUGACAGCAACACCAGGAUCCUAAUUGGCUGCUUGGUGGCCAUCAUAGCUAUCCUAUUGGCCAUCAUAGUCAUCAUCCUAUGGCGGCAGGUGUGGCAAAAGAUGCUUGAGAAGGCUUCUCGACGCAUGCUGGAUGAUGAACUCACAGCUCGUCUUGCAGUCCAGACCGAGGCCUUCUCUUUCCACCACUCCUCCCUGUCCAGCGAGGGCAGCUCCACCUCCAACUCCACCUAUGAGAGAAUCUUUCCCCUGUGUGCAGACUAUCAGGAGCCCUCACGCCUCAUCCGAAAGCUGCCUGAGUUUGCUCAGUCCACAGAACACCUGGGACCAAGUACCUCCUGCAAAGCCAUUGCAGCUGGCGGUUCAGAGGGCGCCCCCCACUAUGCAGAGGCAGACAUUAUCAGCUUGCAAGAAUCUUCAGACAGCGGCACCUACUCCAUCACCCCUGUUAACAUGAGUCUCUUUACUGGCACAGAUUCAUCCAUGAAAGAGUUCCCCAGACAGAAGCUCACCUUCAAGGAGAAACUGGGAGAGGGCCAGUUUGGAGAAGUGCACUUGUGUGAGGCAGAGGGCAUGCAGGACUUUUUGGAUGAGGAUUUGUCUAAAGAGGGAACCAGGGAGCCACCUCUGCUUGUUGCUGUUAAAACACUUCGGGAGGAUGCCAACAAGAAUGCAAGAAAUGACUUCCUGAAGGAGAUCCGAAUCAUGUCCCGUUUGAGAGACCCCAACAUUGUCCGUCUGCUGGCGGUGUGUGUCGACACAGACCCUCUGUGCAUGAUCACUGAGUACAUGGAAAAUGGAGACCUGAACCAGUUCCUGUGCAGUCUCAGGCUCAAAGAGGUUGCUGAUGAAGACGUAGCAGAACAGAAGGAGAAGGAGAAGGAGAAGAAGAGUAUGGUCAGCAACCUGAUUGGCAUGGCUGUGCAGAUUGCAUCUGGUAUGAAGUAUUUGUCUUCUCUCAACUUUGUCCACCGUGAUCUGGCCACUCGCAACUGCCUGGUGGGUAAGAACUACACCAUAAAGAUAGCUGAUUUCGGUAUGAGUCGUAACCUGUAUAGAGGGGACUACUACAGGAUCCAGGGCCGGGCCGUCCUGCCCAUUCGCUGGAUGUCCUGGGAGAGCAUCCUACUGGGUAAGUUCACCACGGCCAGUGACGUAUGGGCAUUUGGGGUGACUCUUUGGGAGAUUCUGACUCUGUGUAAAGAGCAGCCCUAUUCCCAGCUGUCUGACGAGCAGGUCAUCGAAAACACAGGCGAGUUCUUUAGGGACCAGGGCAAGCAGGUGUACCUGCCAAAGCCUCCCUGCUGUCCUGACAGAGUCUACAAUGAUCUGAUGCUGAGUUGCUGGAGGAGGAACGCCAAGCAGAGGCCGAGCUUUCAGGAGAUACACACUCAGCUGAUGGACAGUCUGGCAUAGCACAUGGAAUAGAUCAAUGCUCACUGCCAUGCACUGGUACACUGGCUCACUACAUGGCCUGUAGUAUGUAUUUUUUGGAAGUAAUAUUUAUCAGUUGGCUUAUGCUUGCUUACCACAACUGCCUUGUAAAUAAUAAGAACUGAGAAGAAGGUAUACACUUGAACAGAGCCUUAAAUUGUAGAUAUCAUGCAAAUUAAUACUUACAGUGUAUUCACACCUCUAUAUAUUUAUUAACUUUUCUUUUUAUUUCUUAUGCUAUGUCUAUUUAUUGAGUAUGGUAAUUCUAGAUUUGGUAAAGUAGUAGUAAACUAUUUCUUAUCCAAACAUGCAUCUAAUUCUAUUACUUAGAGAAUGUCAGUAUGGAUCUCUUAUCAAGUAUUUUUCAUUUCUAAGUGUCUGUUUUUGCUUUAUAAUUAUAGCAUUAACAUAUAAUGACUGUUUCCUGGAUGAGAAUGUGUUAAUAUGCAGAAGCUCACUGACAGGUUUUAUAUGUUUGUGGCCUUUAACAGAAGUGAACUUUAUUAAUGAAAAGUAGCAAAGAAUAAAGAUUUUUAGUAGCUGUACAACCAAAUGUGCUGGUGAAUAAAGAAAAGUGAAUAUUUGCCACUGUUUGCCAUACUUUAUUUGCUUUUAGUUGACAGAGUGGUGCUAUUAGAUGCACAGCAGAAAUCUUCUCAGUGACGCUUUCACAGUGUUGCCUACUAAUUUAUAAUCGCUGCAUGGUUUGACGCCAGCUCCUCAACAUCCCGAACCUUGAGUGCCCACAAUUUUAUUGUCAUUAUAUCAUUAGUUUAAUCUCAUUUGUUUUACUGUGUGACUGCCAUCUUAGUUUCUUGCUGUAAAGCACUUUGGUCAGUGGCUGUUGUUUUUUAAUGUGU